GUAGAAGCAGUGAAGGGUACCAAGAACGGAAGGCACGGCCGUGGUGCUAUGCGGGCGUAGGCGAGGUUCCGUGACGGCCGUUCGGUGGCGCAGCAGGAAUUCCCCAGCACGGGAGGCGCGUACCGGGUUGGUCGAUUAGGUGUACGGCUUUCUCCUUCCUGCUGGUACUCCCUAUCGGUGGACGCGCGGGCGCGCGCUUGCGCCUGUGUGCGCGUCGUGCGCGUAUCUGCCCCGAGUCCGCGCCUCGACUUGCUGACAUGGCGUCCUAGCGCUGCACGGGCCAAGUCGCACGUCCUCGGUGGAGAGGCUCUCAACCCCGUCGUCGUCGUCGUCGUCGUCGUCAUCGCCGCCGUCGUCGUCGUCGUCGUCGUCGAAUCGAGUGCAUCUCGAGGAUGCCAAGGUGAGUCGACUACGAAUCUUCUUCGUUGGUCGUCUCUUUUCGUGCCGUUUAAACCACCGCGCAUAUUCCUGGCUUAUCUUCUGAAAGUUAUACCCCGAACGUUUGUUGUUGUGAUGAAAUAAGGAUAAGAAAAGGACAGAAAACAAAAAAAGAAAACAAAAUUCAAAUUUGUGUGAUAUGUGCCAAUAUGAGGAUGUCGUGCAUAACGACGACGAUAAUUAAAGUGUUGUUCAUUUGUGAUGGACGGAUGAAAAAGUGAGCCUAAAAGGCAGCUGAGAAAGAAGGUCGCGAGGGGAUAAGGCAUGAUAUAUCGUGGCCGAUGAAGAAGAGAAUACGAAUACGAGUGAGAGAAAGAGCGAGUGCCUUCGUCGAGGAAGGCGAGAAUAAUCGGCGACGAGGUGGUAGUAGCAGCAGCAGCGAUAGUAGUAGCAGCAGUGACGGCAGCAGCAGCAGCGACAUAAGAACAAAAAUUAACACCAGGUCUGAUGUUAGCGGAUAUUAACGGUAGCCUGGCGGACCUGAGAAGCGAAGCGAUGGCGUCGCAGAGAUUUUGUCUGCGCUGGAACAACCAUCAGAGCAAUUUACUCUCCGUUUUUGAUCAAUUGCUUCAUGACGAAUCUUUCGUGGAUGUUACACUGGCCGUCGAGGGUCAGUUGCUUAGGGCGCAUAAAAUGGUUUUAUCGGCGUGCAGUCCUUACUUUCAGGCCCUAUUUGUUGGUCAUCCCGAUAAGCACCCGAUAGUCAUUUUAAAGGACGUCCCAUACGUAGACAUGCGAAGUCUUUUAGACUUCAUGUAUCGCGGUGAAGUGAGCGUCGAUCAGGAUAGGUUAACUGCUUUCCUGAGGGUCGCCGAAUCUUUAAGGAUAAAGGGCCUGACAGAAGUGAACGAGGACAAAUGCGACUUGCCCAGCAUCACGUCAUCACUUCUUGGCAAUCAAAACACAAUACCUCCACCACCUCCGAACCUUCACCGAAUAAACCAAAUUGGACCUCACCAUCAUGUAUCUCAAAAGAGGUUCCAUCAUAUGUCGAGCCAUCCGCUUCUUGGCUCAGCGUUAACAGCGCCAAAGAGGAAAAGGGGUAGGCCGAGGAAGUUAAGCGGCUCCUCGGACACGCCAAUUGGCGAGGCUAGUACCGGACAAGAUCUACAAUCUUGCUCGAGUACCGAUCUUGUGCAAGGUUCACCCGAGAUGAUGGAGAUGAAAAUGGGUAUAGAUUUCCAGAGUGAGACAACUGGCAAUAAUAGGAGUGGUUCUUCGACCGGUAACAACAAUGUCAACAGCAACAAUAUCGCUAAUUCGGCCUCGGCGGCGGCCAAUCUGGCUGCCAGUUCGUUGUCAUCCGCGAGAAAGGACGAACCUACGGAAAAUGGUACAGAAACCCAUGAAUCGUUAACACCUAGAGUUAAAAGAGAACCAGAACCAACGCCCAGUACUUCUGCGCAAGCCUCGGAGGAAACGUUCGCGCGGCCGCAUAGUAGACAAGGGAGCGAAAGUUUCAAGCAAGAAUUUUCAUCGUCAACACCGAACAAGUCAGAGUCGAUGACGGAAACAUGGAAGGAAAAGACACGAACGGCAUCUUCGCAUGGUUCGGGCAACAACAGCGGCGGGUCUCAAGCGGCCGAUGGAUUUUCUUCAGGUAGAAGCGGAGAACGUGGAGCGAGUGGUGGAUCAUCGUCAGGAUCAUUGGGAAUGACUACGACAACCGGUACGACAUCCUCGGCGAUAAUGACGACGACGACGACAAAUACGACGAUGUCUACGUCCACGUCAUCAACGACAUUGUUAUCAUCGACGUCAUCGUCGUCGACUAGCAACACUGGGUCAAGUCCUAUGGAUACAUCAGGUAGCAGGGCAGCUGCUGCUAACACACCAACAACCAGAGGCUCUUCAUCCUCUGCGCCUGCUAGCGCGAGAAGUUCCCAAAGCAGCAGCAGCAGCAACAACAACAAUAACAUUCAUAACAACAACAACAACAAUAAUAAUAACAACAACAAUAACAACAACAACAGUUGCACGCCAGUCGCUACGCCGAACUCGUCGACCAGCGGUAGUGGACAACAAAGUGGUACGGCUACCGGAACCAUGUCCGCGCCUACCGGAAGACAGGUGCCCAAAAGACGCAUGAGACGUCGCGCUACUUCACACUCACAGGAUCCGGCUGAACAAUUGACCGAGAUGUCCGUGCGUGGUUUGAAUCUCUUUCGUUAUGCCUCGAUAUCGGAGGGAGUCUAUCAGUGCACCGAAUGUGCUAAACUCGAUAUUCAAAAGACAUUCAAGAACAAAUACAGUUUCCAGAGACAUGCCUUCCUAUAUCACGAAGGCCACCAACGCAAAGUUUUCCCGUGUCCUGUAUGCAGCAAAGAAUUCUCGAGGCCCGACAAAAUGAAGAAUCAUAUGAAAACGGUCCACGAUUGCUUCAUGCCUAAGGAUUGUGUCAUGCCCUAUAACUUUUUUUUCUCACAAUAGCGGACGGCGGCGAGGCGAGGGCGAGCUGGGCCAAGCAGAGCGCAAACCGAUGUUGGUGGUAGACAAGCAACAACGACGUCGAACAGGUCUUCGAGUAGUGAAACGACAUCGAACAGGUCUUCGAGUAGUGAAAUGACAUCGGGAACUCCAAUAAGUGUUCCCGGUCGUAAAAGAAUUUCUGAUAAGGGA